AUGGCUGAGCUUGAGACCAACCCUGAUGUGGCCGUCGCUGUGGCCGAGGACUCGAACGAGCAGAAGCAAGAGAACCAGCUUGUCGCCGUAAACAAUGAAGUCGCGGCUCCGAUAGAAAAGAAAGUAAAGAAGAUCAUCCGGAAGAAGAGGCGUCCAGCGCGGCCGCAAAUCGAUCCUGCCCUCGUCAAGUCUGAGCGCCCUCCGCAGACUGGUACAGUCUUCAACAUCUGGUACAACAAGUGGUCCGGUGGCGAUCGCGAAGACAAAUAUCUUUCUCAGACACACGCCAAGGGGCGAUGCAAUAUCGCUCGCGACUCGGGAUAUACGCGCGCGGAUUCUCGGCCAGGCUCCUAUUUCUGCCUCUAUUUCGCCCGUGGUAUCUGCCCUAAGGGCCAGGACUGCGACUAUCUACACCGGCUACCCACCAUCCAUGACAUCUUCAAUCCUAAUGUUGACUGCUUCGGGCGCGACAAGUUUGCCGACUACCGCGACGACAUGGGCGGUGUCGGCAGCUUCAAUCGUCAGAACCGGACAAUAUAUGUUGGGCGCAUCCAUGUGACGGAUGAUAUUGAAGAGAUUGUUGCUCGGCACUUUGCCGAAUGGGGUCAGAUUGAGCGUAUUCGCGUGCUCAACAACAGAGGAGUUGCCUUCAUUACUUAUACAAAUGAAGCUAAUGCCCAGUUUGCAAAGGAGGCGAUGGCGCAUCAGUCUCUUGAUCACAACGAGAUCCUCAACGUCCGAUGGGCAACAGCAGAUCCCAAUCCUCUGGCCCAAAAGCGCGAACAAAGAAGAAUCGAAGAACAAGCCGCCGAGGCUAUACGUAGAGCACUGCCGGCAGAGUUUGUCGCCGAGAUCGAGGGCAAAGAUCCGGAGGCGCGCAAAAGAAGAAAGCUAGAAAGCAGCUACGGGUUGGAAGGAUACGAGGCACCUGACGCAGUCCACUUUGCUCGGGGACCCAAUGCGGUCAACCCUAGAGGUCGUGAAGGGUUCGAACUGGAGCGCGAGCAGCAGCUGAUGCUCGAAGCUCCUCCCGAAACGUCACAACCGGCACAGAUUGAGGCCCCACCUCAGGCUCAGGAAAAGAAAUUGGCAGGAGGGAUCCUGUCGAGCAGGACAUUGGCUGCCCUACAAGGGGCAAAGGUGGCUGUCGCCACAAAAGACAGCAAACCAGAGAAGCCUUCUGGGCCGCUGGUUGCUUAUGGUAGUGAUGAUGAGGAGGAUGAGUAA